CAUCCUUCAGCGCGCGCGGCGCUUUCGUGCCGGUGCUCGUGCCUCGGCAGCCAGACAGACUCCUGGAGUCGAGGUCUUGACCGGACUGGAUACACCGCUGCAGUUGCGUCCGACCGCGACGAGCCCACGUUCGCAGCUGCCAGCCGCCGCAUGGUUUCGGUUCUCCGAUCCGCUGCCGUGAAUUAUUGCCCUGAAGACAGUGACACUACCACUUCUUUCCAACUAUCCAUUAAUGGGUCUCCGACCAUUUCGGUCCGAAAUUCGCGGUGGUCAUGUUCGACGAGCAACGUGCCAAGUGACUAAUCGAAAGGCAUCUUACCGCUACCUUACUUUGCAGACUGUGGUGGACCGUGGAAGUGACGAACAGUGAUACGGGUUAUCAGUUUUUUGUGAGAGUGACCAGUGAGACGUUGUAUGUUCACCGCAGGACGGUUCGACGUUAGUGAUUUUACCCAGCGUUCACGGUGAUGAACUUUUUAGUGCACGUGGAGAGAUUUUGAAACGUUUUGUCGUAAUCGUGAUCCUCGGGUUUCGAACAUCGACCAGUGUCGACGACGGUGAACAAGUGCUCCAGUUACUCAGGGCUUGUGAACACGGUGGAUCGUGUCAAAAAUCACCAAGUAAAACUAUUCUUGAUCAAUGGUCAGGCGUUGAACGAAGUCAUGUGCAAAUUUUCAGGAUAGUGAUUAAGCUAAUGAUCAAAUGGAAUAGACAAGUUUUCAACGAGGUGGUUGCAGUUUAGUGGCAGUUCAUGACAGUGAAUAACCGAAGUAAGGACUGUGAUGGUUUUGUUCUUCCAUCGUGAAAUGAGACCGUACUAAAAUGGAUACGCGGUGUAUGAUUUGAGGAUUUUCAGACAAAAACUUUCGCAUACGUAAGGUGAUAAGUAAGAAGAACUGUGCGAUUACCAGUAACAGCGUAGUAGACAGUGUCGUUAAGUGAAAUAUACAACAACGAAACUGCAGGGAGCGAGUCCGUCCGAGGUGGUAUAAGCCACGAUGCACCCCUUGAGAGAGUGAAGGAACCUGUUCGUUCGGGAACCCUUGACAACAGGAGAGCGAAGCUAGGUUGAAAUUGUCGAAGGAAGAACGGUCGUCGAGCGACGGUACGAAGUGGUGAAUCGGAAACGGGAACCGGCAGAAAAUUGCAGCGAUCCCCACAGCGCCGUCAUCGUCAGGAGGUGCAGGUCGGUGCCGUCGAGGAUGACGUAGCCCGGGGGUGGCCGAGCCAGGGAAACAGUGCGACCCCGGUCCGCACCCUGUACGCGCUGGACAGAAGCGCGGCAGGGCUGGGGGUGGUCGGUGGAGUCGGUGGAGUCGGGAUCGGCCCCGGGGUGGUCGGCAUCUGCGGCCCGGGAUCCGGAACGAUCACGCCGACGGACUACGUCACCGCGGGAUGCUACCCACCACCGGGCUCGACGCUUUCCUUGAGCGCCGUGCACCCCCAGCCCUCCACCGUCGUCGUUGACCAAGCGAUGACGCCCACAUCGGCGCCGGCACCAACCUCGGUCGCGGGGCCGAACAACCCCGUCGCCAUGAGCCAGCUGGGGACGGUUUACGCGACCAAACGCCGCCGGAGAAACGGAAAAAGUUUGAAGCCACCGCAGAAGGAUGGGGUGACUAAAUCGAACCCAAGCAAACGGCACCGCGAACGACUAAACGCCGAGCUGGACACUCUCGCGUCCUUGCUACCCUUCGAGCAGAAUAUACUGAGCAAACUCGACCGGCUAAGCAUCCUCAGGCUAAGCGUGAGCUACUUGCGAACCAAGAGCUACUUCCAAGUUGUGAUGCACAAGGACAAGGACGAGAGUGCUCACCACGAUUCGCAUUACCGAGCACGCGAGCUUGCUGCUCUUGCGGCGUACGACCACCAUCACCUAGACGGGGAAAUGUUCCUACAGGCGUUGAACGGAUUCCUGCUGAUCCUCACGUGCGACGGUGAAGUCUUCUUCGCAACUCACAGUAUCGAGAGUUACCUGGGCUUCCAUCAGUCCGACAUCGUUCACCAAAGCGUGUACGAGUUGGUGCACAGCGAGGACCGUGAGGAACUCCAAAGGCAAUUGAUGUGGAACUCCUUCCUACCCGCAGAAAGCGCCGGUCUUCCGCUUAACGACGCUCUGGCGCCUCAGCACGGACAUCUCCUCGAGCGCAGCUUUACCGUCCGCUUCCGGUGCCUCCUGGACAACACUUCCGGCUUCCUGCGCCUCGACAUCAGGGGUAGAGUUAAGGUCCUCCACGGGCAAAACCGGAAGACGGAAGAUCCGCCCUUGGCGCUGUUCGCCCUCUGCACCCCCUUCGGUCCACCCUCGUUGCUCGAGGUGCCACAGAAGGAGGUGAUGUUCAAAAGCAAGCACAAACUGGACCUCGCCCUCGUCUCCAUGGAUCAGCGGGGUAAAAUGCUGCUGGGUUACUCGGACGCCGAGCUGGCGAACCUGGGUGGCUACGACCUUGUGCACUACGACGAUCUCGCCUACGUGGCGAGUGCGCACCAAGAACUUCUAAAGACUGGAGCAUCCGGCAUGAUAGCCUACAGGUAUCAGACCAAGGACGGUGGUUGGCAGUGGCUUCAGACGAGUUCAAGGCUCGUCUACAAGAACUCAAAGCCGGAUUUCGUAAUCAGCACACACCGUCCAUUAAUGGAAGAAGAGGGUCGAGACCUGCUAGGCAAGCGAACGAUGGAUUUCAAGGUCAGCUACCUGGACGCGGGUCUGACGAACAGUUAUUUUUCGGACAGCGAUAGCCUCACGGGUUCAGGAAUAACACCAACGCUCCCGGCUCAGCCGACGCCACAGCGAGUGAACCGUCGUUACAAGACGCAGCUUCGAGAUUUCCUCUCGACAUGCAGAGGGAAGAGAACCAAGCUGACGAGUCAGUCCUCCUCAUCACCGCCAGCGACGCCGAGUGUGGCAUCUGUCGAUUACCUGACUGCUGACACGAGCGCGGCAGCGGCAGUGGCCGCGGCAUACAGCAACCUCAACAACAUGUACCCAACCGCAUACGCGCCGACGGCGGUCGCCGCGACGAGCGAUCCGUCGUUGACGACGUACAUCGGACACACGGGCAACUACCAUCAGACCUUGUACCCUGCUGGUGCCCUGGACAACCGCUACCUAACGGCAACGGAGAACCUCUUCCAGUACCGUCCGUUGGGUUCCUACUACCCCGAGUACCACGCGACAACCGGUGCCUACAACGGUUUCCUCGACGUCUCGCUGCCCACCUACGACCCCCACCAACUGACGAGUUCGUCGUCGGGCAAAGGGGACGAUAAGCUUUACUGCCAACAACUGGCCGACUCCCCGAAGUACGGGUACGUCGAGGCUCGGCAUCCGGGCAGCGUUGGUUCCCCCUACGCGGCCAGUCCGGUGGCCACGGUGCCGGUGGUCCAUGGUCCGGGAAGUCGUCACUCUCUGGAGGGUGGUGCUUCGUCCAGCAAUUCGGCAGGCAGUUCGCCGGUGACGAGUGCUGGGACAGGCGUCCUUACACCGAAGAUGGAGGACGUCAAGCCGGACGUAAUUUACGGCGGCGAGGCACCCAGACAGACGGUGCUUAUGUGGGGUGCACCACCGUCCAGGUCACCGCCACGGAACAACGGCGCCUACAGUCCCCCGAUAUCACAUUCUCAGACAACCCCAAACGACCCCUUGAAAUCGCUUGCGGAGAUGAACUCUGUAAACGGUGAUUGCAAGUGGAAGCAGACCUCGCCCAACGGGCAAACCACCAGUGUCGCCUCAUCGACUAGUCCGACGAGGAGCAAGGCUCAGCAACAACAGCAGCAGCAGCAGCAGCAGCAGCAGCAGGCUCAGCAUCAGGGUCAGCAGCACCAUCAGCAGUACGCUGUGACUGCCGCCCAUUACGCCACUCCUGCUGGAUACCCGCACCCUCAUUCGGGCCACGGUCACUCCGAGGGCGGUUCGGAGGUAUGGCAAGGAGUCCAGCACCACCAUCACCACUACCAGUACUAUCCUUACCACCAUCACCAUCACCAGCACCACCAGCACCACCAGAAUCACCUCGCACCGCCGCAAAGGCACGGGACACUGCAAUGUGCGCCCCACACGUCACCGGGAUCGUUGUCGGGGGGAGGAAUUGCCGGGGUAAUGGGGACGAGACUGUCGAUGGAAACGGGCAACGGCAACACCAGCAACAGCACCAGCAACAGCAACACCACCAACACCAGCAACAGCACCAGCAACAGCAACACCAUCAACAACAGCAGCCGCAGCACCAGCACCACCACCACCACCACCACCAGCAGCAGCAUCACAACCAUCAGCAACAGCAGCAACACCAACAUCAGCAACAGCAACAGCGUAUCGUACCAUCUGGCCCAUCACAACCAUCACGGUGUGGUCCCAAUAGUGGGCUCGCAGAUCCAAAGCCGGACACCGGGAGUCCUUUGCUGUCCAUCUCUGAGGUGACAAACACCCUGCUCAACCAGUAGCCAUCGAUAAAAGAUCCAACGUAUCUAUUCGUUGUAGUCGGCAAUUCUUCGCGACUAGAACGAUGAAGGUAAGCCGGUCGAGUGUUGCUACGGCAGAUGAAAAAGAAAAACCAUGACAAUUAGAUUGAUUUUGAUUUCUUCGUACGUAUCGAAAGUAAUCAAUGUUGGAUAUUUUUUAUUCGAGUACUCGGGUAUAUUUUUACCGGUUGUUUUCUGCGAAACUCGCCGCUCAACGCCUGUAGAUAGGCGGUUUCAAAAAAAACUUGCGGUAUGGUUGGUAAUAUCGGUGCAUGCGAUCUACGAGCAAUCUAUAUGAUAACUUUUUAAUAAAUUUUCUCGAAAUAACCUGCCGUCAGAAGUACUAGUUGAAAAAUGUAACUUUGAGAAAUGGUCAACUUAAACACCUGAAUUUCGAUUUGUUUCAGGACUUGUAUGAAAGUAAGGGCCUCUCCAGGCGAAUUAUCACCGUAUUAUAUUGCCCUGCGUUGCAGGCUGUCUGUUAAAUCGACCGAUCAUGGAAUUUAUAAGUGCGCAAAUUGUACCAUACAAGAUGAAAAAAUAAUCAGUUCAAUUAAUCGAGAAUUAUAAAUUCUAUACACGUGUAUAAUGUAUAGUAUGAUAUAUCCUGUAAUAUAAAUAUACACAUACACAGAGUGAAUUCCUAACGACUGCAUGGACCGUCGUUUGCUAAAAUUUAAUGCAUGCGAGCUACAAUCCGAGAACCUCCGUUUGCCAGUGUGACCAACUGUCUCCAGCUGUCAAAAAUUUUGAAGUUACUUACAUGGCUGCGCGCUGUCGACUAAAUUUGUGAGAGUUAGUUGCCUUGACUUAGAGCCGCUCUCGGAUCGAGCGCAUGCGCAUUGAAUUUUAGUAGCCGAUAGACCGCGCAGUCGGUAUAAAUUAACUCUGUACAUACCCAUUUACUGAUCGUUAUGCAUGGAUACGUAUCAUGCCUUAUUGGAGUAUCGACGUAUGUCAUCUAAAAGAAGAGAUCGAUUCCACUCAAUUACACUACAAAAAUGAGGUAGGAAUGAAAGAAAAUUUUUAAUUCACCCCGAAACAGUCUCGUGGAUUAUUGAUUUUAUCCUCUUAAUUUUUUUGGUGGAAGCCGUGCAGAUUGUAAAUCAGACGUCAGAUAUUCAAAAUUGAUAAAAUCAGAUCGAACCAAUUGAGACAACCGCCAUGAAUUCCGGUAGAAGCACAAACUUACUGUACCUAACUCAAAAUAAACGCAACACAGAUCUGUAUUACGUUUGGAAACGUAACAUGAAUUAAUUCCUAUUUGACCUACAUAUAUAGGUAUAUAUAUAUAUAUGAUAAUUUAUAUACAUAUACUGUACGUGUAAGAGAAUAAGAAAACUAUAUAUUAUAUAUAAAUUUAAUAUCGUAAAUAAUUAUAUCCAAUAUACACAAAAGUGUACAACGAUUCUGUAUAAUAAUUAUAAUAAAUAAUAAAAAAUAGAAAUAAAGAUAAUAAUAAUUAUAAUAAUGGUAAUAGAUGAAUAAAUAAUACUGCAGUAAAUAGGUAAUAAAUAAUAAUUAUAACAAUAAUAUCAAUAAUAGAUAUCGUGCUUGUAUAAUUACGAAAUGAAAUACGUAUUCUGUGAUAAGUGUUAGAUGAUUAUUUCGACACGAAAAUCGUCAGAGACGUACUUGGUUGCAGGAUGAUAUAGCGAGAAUCACGGCAAAGAAAGAGAGAGAGUAAAAAAAAAAAAGGGGAAAUGAAAAAUAAAACUAAUACAAGCAAUAAUAAUUAAUCGCCUGGAACAUUAAUUG